AUGGGCCCAGAUGGCAAAGGUGUUUCCUUGUCACCAUGGUUAGCCCCAAUCGUAUGGGAAGGAACAUUUGAUCCCACAUUGAUUGAUUCGAUCUACAAACAACGAAACUUCACCAUAGCAACUACAGUCUUCGCUCUUGGAAAAUACACACGGUUUCUUAAAGAUUUCCUGGAGUCUGCAGAGCAGAAUUACUUUGUUGGAUUUCAUGUGCAUUAUUAUAUAUUCACUGAUGAACCAGAACAGGUUCCUGCAGUGGAACUGGGUGAAGACCAUCAUCUGACUGUGAUAAAAGUCCCUAGUUCUAACAGAUGGCAGGAGAUCAGUUUGCGCAGGAUGACAAGACUGGAGAAACUGAUUGAGAGUCGACUGGUCAAUGAAGCUGACUAUGUUUUCAGCCUUGAUGUGGACUCAAAGUUUUAUGGUCGCUGGGGGGUAGAGACUUUGGGUCGCCUAGUAGGUGUGAUACAUCCAUGGUUUUAUAGUUCCUCUCGUGAACAAUUCACAUAUGAACGCAGGCCAGAGUCUCAAGCAUUCAUUCCUUACGCUGAGGGUGAUUAUUAUUAUGGUGGAGCUGUGAUCGGUGGCUUUGUGAAAGAUGUAUAUCAACUUGCUAAAACCUGCCGGGAGCAGCUGGAGAUUGAUUCAUCUAAAUCCAUCGAGGCGGUAUGGCAGGAGGAGUCUCAUUUGAACAAGUACUUCCUUUAUAACAAACCCAGUAAACUGCUUUCACCCGAGUAUCUGUGGCAUGAUGAAAAAUCUAAACCAGAAGAGAUCAAAAUCAUUCGAAUGUCUCAAGUUCAUAAAAACUAUACCGACAUUCGUCCAAACCCUUAGCAGCUGUUACCAGAAUCAUGGAUAUUAUUUGUACUUUAUUUGUUUUUGUCUUGGUUUCAUUUUCAUGGAGUUUUAGUUUAUUUUCCUUCAGUCACAUGUUUCCCGCCAGUUUGUCACUGUGUUUACUGAUAUGAUUAGUCAUUCUGUUCAGCUGUGGGGAGAGGCAGGGAAAGUUUGGGUCUCAUUUCUUGGUUUUAUCUUGAAAGGGUGUUUGGUGUGAAUAUUUAGAUCUGGUGACUUUGUUCAUAAAUUUUUUGUUUAGUUCAUGGGCAGCAUUUAAAUACCACCACCUGAAGUGGUUGUGUACAUUUUGGGACUUUUUAUUUAAAAAACAAAAAAAUUCUGUCUACAAAGUCGAAUGGAUUGCAAAAACUUUGAAGCUCAAUAUCUAUAUCUAUAUAUAUAUAAUGCAGAUAGAACCUUAUAAUUCCAAGGGGACGAUAUGCAAAAUGGCAAUGCAUUUCUGCAUUUAAAUUUACAUCUUCCACACCAUAUGUGCAACCUUUUGAAUGUAAAUGCAAUUGAGAAAAACAACAUUUAAAUUAUCAUUUUGCUACA